CAGCGGGCGAGGCAGCUGCAGCGUCAACUGCAGGUGAGGGAGGGGUGGGGGACCCCCAGGCCAUCUGUAGCCCUCCCCCAUCCUACCCCCUCCACCCCUCACCCUCUGAUGGCCCUAUCCCUGCCUUGGACCCCUUGAGGGUCUGGGCAUCUCACUGAGUUGAAAACGGUACCUGAGGUCCCCAAGUCCCCAUCCGGGCGGAGGCCCCCACAUUCUCCCCACCCACCCGAGCUCCCACCUCACCCCCACCCCACCCGGGCCUCCUCUGUCCCCCUCCCUGCUACUUUGUUGAAGGUCUUCUGAAUACCGGCUAGAUGUGGGGAGUCUGGUUAGACAACAGCAGGUGUAACCUUUCUAACCCCACCCUCUGGGAUAACGCAGUUGAAUAAGAGAAACACAUAAUCCCAAAGUACAAAUCAACUCGCAAAGGAAUUGAAUUGAUAAUCACUGCCCGCUGGGAGGCCCGGGCCUUGCCCUUCCUAGCCCGGCCUCGUGACCUCCGCUGAGAGUGGGGAUUGCUGGACUGAGGAUGGACCUGCUGAAGAGGGAGCCGCCCGAAAGAGGCCCGGGGUGGGCAGGGCGGCCUAGGGCUGGGCUUGGGGCUGAGAGGUCAGGAAGAGGCCUCCGAGUUCCUGCCUCCCGAAGGCACAGCAGGGAGAAGCGCGGGGAAGAGAGUUUAGGAGGCCAGGGACCCAACUUGAUUAGAUACGUAUUUUGAAUGUCACUUUGUAGCAAGUAGUGACAGCAGGGUCUGAGAAGGCUGUCCUGGGGCAGAACUUCCAGGACGGCAGGGCAGGGACCUCUGUGGACCCACACCUGAGCACAGCGACGAUAAACAUACAUGCACACAUACAUACUACAUACACACGUGUGUGCAUACAUACACAAUACAUGCGUACAAACAUCCAUUCACACGUAUGUCCAUCCAUCCAUGCAUGUAUGCAUACAUACACAAUACAUAGUACAUAUGUAGUCCAUACGUACAUACAUCCACACAUACAAAUACAUAAUACAUACCUCCAUACAUGUGUCGUCCAUACAUGGUGCGUGUGUGUGUAACAUACAUGCACAAUACACACGUCCAUCCAUACAUACAUGCAUACGUAACACAUACAUACAUACAUCCGUCCAUCCAUCCAUCUAUAGGUACGUCCACACAUGCGUAGUCAUACCUGUGUACAUAUGUGCGGUGUCUGUAUCGGAACAGGUGUUUAAAGUGUCAGGAGACUGCCCUAAGGGUGUAUAUGUCAGUGAAGAAAGACUGAUUCGAGGAAAUCUGCUAAAGCUGUCCCAACGGUGACAGUCUGUGGCCCUCCUUCCCUUCCAACUGCGCUCAGCUUGAUGCUGGAGUGUCCAGAGGAUGGGCUCCCAGUGCCCUCAGCCCACCAAGGGUCACUGUGCCCCAGGAGGCCACCAGCACCAGGUUGCAGAGGGUGAGUUCCUGGUAGGGUCCCAGAGGCCAAGGUCCCUCCCCCUCCAGCCUCCACUGAUGGAGCAGCGGCUUUACCCCAAAAUGGGCUGGGAAGACCAGGGCCCUCAUUGUUCUCCCCAGCUCAUCAGUGCAGAGGCUCCCCAGCAAGUGCGCUGGCCUGGGGCCUCUGCCCGGGGGAGGGGCAGCCCCCCAAGAGAGCCUCAGAGGCUCUGCCCUCCCCACAGGACCUGACUUUCUUUGGAGCAGUCUGGGGAAAUUCAGAAGCAGCGAGCGGCCCUUCUUAAUUCAGAGCGGUCCUUACUCUGCUCAGGCCGCCAGAGCACAGCGGCGCAGCAGGCGACUUCAAACAAAUGUCUUGCUGCGGUUCUGCAGGGAGGAGGCCUGAGGAGCCGGUGUGCGCGGGCGUGCUUCCUCCCGCAGCUUCUCCGUGGCUCUGGCCCUCGCUGUGUCCUCGCGUGGUUUUUCCUCUGUACGCGUGUCCUGGCGUCUCUCUGUGUCCUAAUCUCUUGUCACAGCACCAGUCAGACUGGACUAGAGCCCAUCCCGAUGGCCUCAUUGUCUCUUAGUUGAGGGACCGGUCACCUUCCAAGGUUCCCGAAGGUUAGCGCUUCAACGUGUGGAUUUGAGGGGAUACAGCACAGCCCAUUACAAGCAACAGGCUCAGCCAUCAGCACCCGGGUCAUUGGAGGGAAGCCUGGGGGCAGCGGAGAGCAGCCCUCCCAGGGCUGAAAGCUUCCAAAAGUGCCCCGUCUCAGUCACUGGACCAGACCCUGGAGAAAGGUAUUCCCCGGGCCAUGGCUGAAGGAAGGGAGCUGUCAGUCAGUCAUGAGUGGGAGUUGACGGGUGGAUGCGACAGCAAAGGCGGCAGACAGCUUAACAGAAAUCGGGGACCCGGCAACGAGAGCCCUGCUGGAAGCCACUGUCCAGGGGCCUGUGCACACACCGAGGAGGGCGCUUCAAGAGACCUAUACCCACAGCUUCGUGCUGGGGGAGAUAGACCCCUCUGAGGGUCCAGCUGAGUCACUGGACAAAGCAGGCAGACAGCAGCAAAAACAAACUGCAAAGAAAGCUAACAAAAUACUUUGGAAGACAUUGAACCAGAGGGCAGGACCUGUGCCCUGACGUGAAGCUCAGAAUUACAGCCACAGGGAAAUGCAGCUCAAACCUGGGUGAGGUACCACCUCCGCCUCACGGAAAGGGGGGUGGGGGUGCCGGCAGGCAGGGCCCGAGGCGGAUUCCACACGCUGCUGGUGGGAGUGGAGCAGGAAAACAGCCUGGCACGUCCUCAAGCUGCCCAGCAGUUACCACGUGCACUUCCAAUCCUAGGCUUACACUCAAGGGGAAGGAAAACCAGUCCGCACAAAAGCAUGUGCGGGCCGCCAGCGCGGCCCUCCCGCCAGCCCGAGCGGAGCAGCCCACGUGUCGUCCGCUGAGCGCGGGGCAGCGGGCCGCCCGCGCAGUGCAGCAUCGGCAGCAAUGAGAAGAAGCGCAAUACUGACUAGUGCUGCUGCCACACGCGUCUGCCUUACAGACGCGGUGCUGAGCGAGAGGCUGGCACGGAGGCCCACGUAGCGUGUGGUUCCGCGCGUAGAAUGUCCAGACGGGCAGGUCUGUAGAGACGGAGAGCAGAUGUGAGGUUUCCCAGGGCCGGGUGUCGGGGAGUUGGGUGGUGAGGCUGUGGCUUGCUUUCUGAGCCGAUGCAGCUGUUCUGCAGUUGGUCUGGUUGCACAGCUGGGAACACAUGGGAGGCUCGGGGUGGGGGAGACUGCACCUGCCACCUGCGCAGGUACCAGGCAGUAGGCCUCUCAGGGGUAUAUUGGAGGGGUUAUUUCUAAAGACCUAAAAUAGACAGACCAUGAUGACACAAUCCAGACGGCUCAGGUUUCUAGUUUUCUAACCAGCCGCACAGAGCUUGUCCUAAAGUGAUCAGGAUCUCUGUGAGCUGCCAGUCUGCGUGCGGGGUGGGGAGGAGGGUUCCCCAGCAGAAGCCCCCCCCCCCCGCCUCCCGCCGAGCCCGCCUUCCUGGAAACUGGUGCAUUUCCUCUCCAGGCGGCCUCUGUCCAGGCGCUGCUGGCCCUCUCGGCAUUCGCUCCGCAGCUGAUAGUUCGUCUCCUCUGCCCACAAGCCUGCAGUGCCCUCCCGGCCAUUCGCACCCUCCUGCCUGGCGUAGGACCCCCUUGGCCGCUGCGCCCCAGGCCGGCCAGCCUCCCCGCUCCCUCGCUUGCCCGGCUCAUUCCUGCCCCAGGGCCUUUGCACGGCCCUUCCUCUGUCCGUCUCCCCUCGCCCUCGUCCCAAGUUCACACCAUCCCGUGGUGACUCUGGCGCAGCCGCCGCUGUCCCUGAGCCUCUGUUUCCCCACGAGGGUGGUCUGCUCCCUGCUCUGUGCGCAGCAGCUCGACCGGCGCUGGCACAUGAUACCAUCGUAACAGAUGUAUUUUGAGCACGUGAAUAAAAGGAAGGAAAUGGUGAGGUUUUGGUGAGUGGGCUCCUCGGAGCUCUGCCCUUCAAACUGGUGGACUUGCUGAAAGGCAGAGGCAGGUCGGUGUGGGGAAGAGGGUCGGAGAUUCUGUGUUUCUGGCAAGUCCCAGAGGCUGCUGGUCUGGGGCCCACACCUGGGGUGGGGGUGGGGGUCGCAGACAUAGGCCUGGGGCCCGUCCGGCCGCGUCCUCCCUCGUGCCCUGCUGUCCAUGUGCUGGCAGCAUGCAGGUGAGUGCUGGGGAGUCGCACGGAAGCCGAUGGCUUUCUGUUCUGGACCCUUGCUUGCAGGCCCGGGAAGAGAGAGUGGUGGAGCUGGAGACUGAAACGGCUCUUCUUCACCUGAAGUUGGCGGAGGUAAUUUGUCUGCACCCUGGGAUUGAGUUGAAUUGUGUGCCGAGCACGGGGAGUCCGCGUCCGCGGCCGGUCUUUGCAGAAGGAAGCAGGUGCGGCCCCUUUUGGACGGCUGGCUGCUUUUUUCCAUCUGGUGAGGAUGCUUUCGUCAAAAUCGACGGAUCGUCUCACCCUGAACCAGUUUUAGUUCUCAGUUCCCGUGUACCUCUGUGCUCGCAGCUUUCAGUGAGUAAUAAAUCAGUGAGCUAUCUGUGCUUUUAAAAACAGCCUUGUUGAGGAAAACGUAGGGCCGUAAAUGCCCUGACUGAGCGCCCGGCUCAGUAGUCGCUUGAGGGCUGCACGUGCCCCGCUGCCGUCCGCCGGGGCCCCGUUUCCCCUAGAGACAAACCUCUGUGUGAUCCUGCCGCGUCAUCUGCCUGUGUCACCCAGACCCAGGCGGGGGUUGGGGCGCAAAGACACCCCGCCCAGCCUCUCCUGCAGGUGCUUUCUUCACGUUGAAAAGGAAGGGAACCCAAAGGGAGAAGGUCAGGGGGAAAUGGCUUCAUUUUAACCCUACAUGAUUCCUCUGGCUGCCUGUGGGUCCCCCAAAGUAUCGGGUCCCAGUUCUGGCCCCCGUAGAUGUGACCUCACGCACCAAGGGUCUUUGCGGACGUGACUGGGUUUAAGGGGGGCCAAUUUGGGUUUUCCCGUGGCCUCGGGGCCUCCCAAGGAGAGCGCCGAUGCGGGAGGCGAGGCUGGGAGAUGCUCGAGGUGUGACGGAGAUGGCGGUGAUGAGACGGCGCCACCCGGGACAGGUAGCAGUCGUGACCACCAGGAGCCCGGAGGCAGGAAGGGCCCCCUGGAGCCUCAGGGGCUGGGCUCCGCCACGGCCGGGUUCUGGGCGGCGGCCUACCCGGAUGGGAGAAACACUUUUGGUUUCAGCCUCCCAGUUGUGGACUUUAUUAGAGCAUCAAUUGAAAACGGACGAAGCCCCAUUAAAUAACCCACCUUGGCCUUCCUCUUUAACCUCCGCCCCUUGAGGGUCCUCCUAAGACCGUCAGUCAUCAGACGCCUGACUCCCCCUGAAUAACCCUAUCAGGGUGCAUUGAGAAAGAGUAGAUGCACUAAAUUUGCCUAUUUAGAGCUAUCCAUACUACCUCUUAAAAAAUUCUUUUUAAAUUUUUCAUUUUUUAUUCUUUUCUUUUUUUCAUACUACCUCUUGAAGUAAGUGAAUAUUCAUUUACUAACUCUAUUUUUUUGGCCACCUCCAUGGCCUGUGGGAGUUCCUCUGCCAAAGAUCGAACCUGAGCUGUAGCUGCAGCCUGCACCACAGCUGUGGCAACACUGGAUCCUUAGCUUGCUGUGCCACAAGAGAACUCCCUCUUAGCGCAUUUUUAAGCCCCUGAUUUUCUGGCACUUUUGUGAUAUGAUCAGUCUCUGAUACCAGCCCGGCGGAGCCUGAGUUUCUGGAAGGUGGCACCCUGACAUCACCGCCGCACUGCCUUUCUCCAGCCUGUGAGGCCGGCGUCCCGGACCCAGGCCUCCCCUGGGCGCUGGUCACUCUACUCCAGGGACCCCUGGUGGCUGCGGCUGCCACAAGCUCAGAGUAAACCUUGGGCCCAAGCUUGGGGGUUUUUCACGCCUGUCUGCAGGGUCAGCACAGACAGCGCGGACCUGCUCAGCUCUGUCCAUGAGGUUCUUCCAGCGCAGGGAGGAGCCAGUGCCCGUCGUGUUUUCAAGCAUCACUCAGAUAAUUAUUAUUAUUUCCUGCAUUUAAAAUCACUAGGCGUAGAAUGUCAGAUAAAACCAUAAACUUUGGGGCAUUUAUGUUCUAGGUCCCUGUGGUCUUUCUCCAUCACUGAAAACCAGACAGGCAUUCCCACUGUGGCUCAGUGGUAAUGAACCCGACUAGUAUCCAUGAGGACACAGGUUCAGAUCCUGGCCUCGCUCAGUAGGUUAAGGAUCUGGCGUUGCCAUGAGCUGUGGUGUAGGCCGCAGACGCAGCCCGGGUCCCCAGUAGCUGUGGCUGUGGUGUAGGCCAGCAGCUGCAGCUCCGAUUUGACCCCCAGCCUGGGAACUUCCAUGUGGUGUGGGUGUGGCCCUAAAAAGGAAAAAAAGCAAACUUAACUUUGUGGCUCACACCCGCUGCGUCCACACAGGAUCCAACACCAUUGGCUUAGCCCCUCGGAACCGCGUCAGACGGACAGUGUGUGUUUGGAUGCGUGUCAGCACUUAGGGACGCUGCUCGGCAAGGCGCUCUGGUUCUGACCCUGGACUGUGCAGACCAGAGGCAGCUGUGGUCCUGGCAGUGCGGCCGAGGGCACUGAGCCCUCCUGCCCGCUGUCCCUCUCCAGGAGCUCUUCCUGCCCAGGGCUCAGGCUCCUGAACGAAGCCCGGCGCCCUUUAGCCGAGUGACCACACGGUUGUGUUUCUCCGACUUGAGUUCCAUCCCACGUCACCCGCCACCCGCCGUGGGUUCCUGUGCCGUCCCCUGGGGACACCUCCCUGCCCCCGGCGCCCUCAGCUUGCUCUCUGCUCGUCCCAAACCCGCCCCAGCCCAGCUUUCAGGAGAAGUGACUUGAUGGCUCGACUUUACUUUCCUCCAAAUCGCUGCCUUUGCCGGCGACAUCGGAGACUUCAGAAUAGAGCUUUUCACCAUGUGUGUGCGUGUUGUUUGUAUCCAGUGUGUGGCCUGGAUUUGGCUGCCGUUUCUUCUGUCCUCAGAGGAAGAGCUGGAGGGGUCCGUCUCUUCCUGUCCCUCAGGCUCUGAUUUGUCUCCAAAGCUCCGCUUGUGGGAGUUCGCGCGGUGGCUCAGUGGUUAAUGGACCCGCCCAGCAUCCGUGAGCGACGGAUUGUUCCUGGGCUUCCCUUUCAAGGCACUUUCUCUACUUAACCUCGUCACACGUCUGAAGAUGUUAAAACCAAAGGAGCCCCCUCCUCAGGGCCGCGUUUGCUUUCAGAGGGGCUGCCAGUUACCUUCCCAGCAAAGCCUCUCCCUCUUUAAGCCUUAGCUCCACCAUCCCAGCACCGGCUCAGGGCCAGGUUGGCAGGCCGUGGCCUUCCCACCUUUACAGGACCCAGGUUUCAGCAGGAGCGUUGCUGCCCGCGCUCAAACGGGGCUGCGAGGGCAGGAGUGGGGUGGCGGGCGCCCGGCCAGCCCCCGACGUCCAGUGAGGGCAGAGCUUCAGGUCACCCCCGCCCCUCCCCUCCGUCCUGCUGUGUCCUGGGGGCAGACGCCCCUUUCUCCCGAGCUCUCUCUCCACCCGCUUCGCGCCCUUCCGCCUGCGCGUGUCCGGCCCACGCCUGCACCCUCAGGUCUGCUGGCCACGGCCAAGGGCACCUCGAGGGACCCACCCCCACCCUCGUGACUCCAGCACCUGUUCUUGGAUUCCUUCGGGAUCUGGCGGCUCUUGGUCAGCUUGCCUUCCUCGCAGCAGCCCUUCUGGGCGUCCCGUCGCUCAGCAUUUAGACUUCUCGUUCCACAACCCGGGGAAGGUCAGGGCUCUGGCUCAGUGGCCUCUGGCCUCGCAAGUUCCAAGCACCCCGCCGUGGGGCCUCCCCGCGCCGCGCCCGAGCUGCUGGCCCACCUGCCGUGUGGGAAGACGAGCGGCGCCGGCACCCGUCCCUCCCGGGCCCCAAACCCCACACCGCAGUCCCGCUUCCAAAAGGAGCUCCCCUUCACCCUCCCUGAGGGGCGGCUGACAUCGUCUCCUUUCCUCGCCCCCACCUGCUCUCUAAUGUCCCCCACAUCCUGCAGGUGCGCCUCCUGCCUCUCCAGGGCCAGGACCCCUGUGUCAGUGGCAUCCCCGAAGCCCUGGGACGGGGCUCCCCUGCCAGCUGAGGCCAGCUCCUCCUCAACCCCCUGUAUCCCCGCUGCUCUGCGGGCUCCGGGGCCCCCACGUGGGGGAACCUUGGUGGCGGGUCCCCACGGGCCCUGGAGUUGCCUGUGGCCUGGGCAGCAGCUCCCUGUGUGCAGACUGGGGCUGAUGGGCAGUCGGGAGGCACCCUCCCCUCAGAAGAAAGGCACCUGCUUGGUGGCCGAGACCCUCACACCUGCUUGUUUCUCUGUGCAGCAGAGCCUGCAGCCGGCAGGGCAGAGUGGCGGGGAGGCCACGCAGAUGCACCUUUGGGGCGCGGCGCCGGGGCGCUGUGGACAAGCUCGCACGCCACCUCCACCCGGCUCUGCCGCGCGGCGCAGGUAAGAGAGCAUCACCGGGGCUGGACUUGGCUGACAGUGGGCAUCCUUGUUGAGUUUCCCGGUGAGUUGAGAGAGGUACACGGGGCGAGUGGAUCUCCUCUCGGGGGACUGACGGAAGCCUGAGUCUCUGAAGCAAAGCCCCGUGAAUUAGACGCCGACUGUCCAUUACCGCUGACCCGCCUGGUCGUGGUCCUUACCUUACACAAUCACCACCGUGUCUAUAACCAGUCGUAGGUGGUGCUGACUUUAGGGCGUCCACUCUCUAAAUCUACAUAGACGGCCAAACCUCAAAAAAUGACUGGGAUCCGGGGCAAAACCGAGGAAGAACAUGCAUUUUGGCCGCGAGCUGAGUUGCUGCCUGUGCCCAGGGGUUGAAUUUCAGACGUCCCGUUAGCUCUCAUUUUCACUCUGGCGUCAGCCGGCAGAGGAUCCGUUCCCGAGUCGGAUUCCGUGGCGGUAAAUACGGCCCUGCCUUCUGGAAGGCGUUGGAAGGCUCCGCCCCACACGGUGCAGGGCCUGGGGAGCGCCUGCGAGGAGCUCUGCUGCUGUGCGUUUUGCUGCAAUGUGACCAGGGUGGAAAUUAGAGGGAAAAGCGUUCAUUAUCACAGCAACGCGAACACCAUCUGUAAACAGGAUUCAUUCGCCCUUAGAGGGGCUUGGGUUUGGCUGUUUUCUCACCCGGGCAUUGAGAAUGUGGGUUUGUAGAGGAUCCAUUCUCCGUUCUCUUCCGACUGAGUGAAACGGUCUGUCGUUGAAUGAAGUGUGCAACGUCCCCCUUCCACGUGGUCAGCUGACUUUCACUCAGCUUGGCUCCAUGUUUCUCAGGACUCGUGGGUCAUUGCUCUCCGAGUUUCUGAUGUUGACAUUCGUUCCCUUGUGUACUUGAAAAUCAGUUUUUCUGGAUACAAAAUUCUCAGCUCACAGGUUUUUUCCCUCAAGCGUUGUGGGGUUGCUUUGUUAGCUUAGCUGGACCAGGGCGCCGUGCCUUCGGAAGUGAGCUCUGUUUCGGAGCAAAGAAAGGAAGAAAGCACCUCCACUGAAGUUCAGUUAAGUUUUCAUGAGUUAAGUGUUUGAUAACUAACGUUAAACAGUAGACUCUCCCUUCUUUCAUUCUGUGGACCGGGCUUCAAGCCAAAAGACCCUCCUGUGGUUUCAGGAGGACACAGCGCCUGGCGGGGAUGCUCCGUGUCGCUUGCAUUGUCCCCACGUGCUCCGGAAAUGCUGGGUUUGUGUACCUGGACCUGCCCUGUUCCCACGGGCCUCCUGACACUUGGCUCCCGGUGGGGGGUCUGGAUACUAGAUUAGAGUUUGUUCCCAGGAAAGAAGGGCGGUGCCGGUCACGGUCACGGGAAGUAAACAGCGGGCCGGAAAGCGUCCUGGGCUGCAUGUCCCGCCCCGCCCUGAGCCGAGCUGUGGAAAAACCGCUGAGAGACGGGAUUUUCUUACUUCAGCUGCGUGAGAGAUCCCAGUGGCGCUUUGUGCAGUGCACGCCCAGGCCUGCUGGCUCGGGGUCUGGCCGAGCGGGAGCAUCGCUGAGACCCGUGGGCGCGGUCGCGACGCUGAGAGGAGACCUAGAGCGGCUGCGGUCCUCUGCCCUGGGGCUGCUCGGGACCUUCCGGGCCGAGCUUCAGCACUGUGUCGCUCAGGUGGUGGCGGUGGCCGCCCGGACGGCGCAGCUCCACCGCGAGGCCGUGCAGUCAGCGCAGCCGGCGGAGCGUCUGGAACGGACCCUGCAGGAGGUGGCGGAGCGGUGGCAGCGGGAGCGGCGGGAGCGCAGGCGGCUGCAUGACGCUCUGGUGGAGCUGAGGGGCAACAUCCGCGUUCACUGUCGGAUCCGUCCUUUGCUGCCUUCGGAUAAUGAGUGUGAUGAUCCAGCUGCAGAGAAGAGCCCCGUGUCUGGAGAAGUGGUCCACGCAGUCGACGAUGAGACCGUCCUGGUGGACUGCAGCCGGUCUGGUCACCCUCGGAUUAAUAAGACGUACACCUUUGAAAGAGUUUACGGUCCAGCAGAGGCUCAGACUGUGGUGUUUGAAGAUGUCUGUCCGCUUCUGACAUCCUUCUUAGACGGGUACCACGUCUGCAUCAUGGCCUACGGACAGACAGGCAGCGGGAAGAGCUUCACCAUGCUGGGGCCACACGCCCAGGACGCUCCUGCCUCCCGCGAUGAGCUGGGCAUCCUUCCCAGGGCCGCCCAUGAGCUCUUCAGGCUUAUUUCAGAAGAUCCGUCGAGGAGCCCCGGGGUCCAGGUCUCCGUAGUGGAAGUUUACAACAACGGCAUCUUCGACCUGCUGGCCAGCGACGGCUGCGGCGUGACCUCCGGGGUGAAGCGUCGGGUGCUGACGACCCACGAGGGCCAGGAGGUCUCGGGGCUGACCCACGAGUCCGUCCACAGUGCCGAGGAGUUCAUGACCCUGGUGGGUGCCGGCCUGCAGCUCAGGGCGAGGCAGGCCACCGCCGUGCACAGCGACUCGUCCAGGUCUCACCUGGUGGUGACCUUGACCCUGACCAGAGCCGCCUCCUCCCACAGCACCGCAGACACCAGGUCAAAUCAGCCACUGCCCCAGGGACUCCAGCGCCUGGAUCCCCAGCAGCCCACCCUGGGGAGAAGCCCGAGUGUGCCCCGCCGAGCCUCGUUCGUGUCCCCGAGUCCCCAAGCCCUCAGGCGGGCGUCGGAGCAGGUGCACGCCAAGCUGCAGCUCGUGGACCUGGCGGGCAGCGAGUGUGCUGGUGUGUCUGGAGCGACGGGUCUGGCCCUAAGGGAGACUUCGUCCAUCAACCGGAGCCUGGCGGCCCUGGCGGACGUGCUGGGUGCCCUGUCGGAGGGCAGAGGCCACGUGCCCUACCGGAACAGCAGGCUCACCCACCUGCUCCAGGACGCGCUGGGAGGCGACGCGAAGUUACAGGUGAUUGUGUGCGUGUCCCCCGGCCAGAAGCACGUGGCUGAGACGCUGCAGAGCCUGGGGUUUGGGGCCCGAGCGAGACAAGUGGAGCGAGGCCGUCCGGCCCCCAGGAAACGCAGGUGAAGGCCAGGUGGACGUGGCAGGGGCCUUUUCUCCCUAAAGUGCACUUCCUGGUAGGGCUGUGCCAUGCGUGUGCCCGCAAAUAAACACCUUUAGUUUGGACCUUGU